CGCCAGUACACUCUCGGACGUCGUGGCGCGCGUUUCGACGCGAUCCCCGGUUUCUCGCGCGCCAAGCAUCGGCGAUUCCGUCGCGCCGUUUUUCGUCGAUCAUCGCGGCGAGCCGUCUCGGCAAGAAACCGUCGUGAAAUCGCGUUGGUGUGAAGUGAAAAUUUGUCGCGCGACAUUCGAUUUUCGGAGUGCGAUCGCAUCUGUGGAUUACGCGCGGCAGCUGCAGCGGACAGGAGGCAAAAACAGGACAGGUUGUUUUGGACGGCCACAGAGUCGCCCUGUUCGAACUCUGCUUAUGGAACUACCAAGCCGGAAUAAUCCGUUUUGAAGAUACAAGUAUUUUUCAAUUCUUGCCGCGUGCUCAAAGUUGCGUGGCUGAAGAAGAACAGAAUACGGCAAAGAAGCAUCGAAGAUGUAGCGGAUCCGCGUGCAAACGCGUACGAUUACGACGCAAACGAUGGACGUACUCGGUGCGUCCUGGUGGCGAAAGGAUCACUGAGCGUGAGUCGCCGAGAGAGGAUGCACAAGCAUACCAGCCAGCUUCGUGGUCCAGGUGGCCAUAAUGCUGGCUAUCACGGUGCUAACAGGGGCCCUGUGAGGAGAUGGAACAGCUUUCAUGGUGGUGGCGGUGGUGGUAACGGUGGUACGGGUAAUUUCAACGAUGGCGUUGGAAACGGCGGCACGAAAGCCUGUCAGGAGCCCUUCAGGGCCGUGCCUAAGGCCGUACAAGCCCUUAGGAGCGAGUCGGUCGACAGGGCUCAUCGAGCUCAGCCGCCGCCGCCACCCGCGUUUCCCAGGAGGAGAUUUUCCGUGUGCUUCGGGAAGCGGACGGGUGGCAGUGCCAGGCGACCCAACGAAUGCUUCGUCCUCGAGCCCUCCGAGAUGAUUGUCAUCGACUAUCCGGAAGUUCAUGGCGGAGGAAGGAUGCAUCGACCACCGCAUCCGCACCCCAUAACCGACCACCGUCAGGUCAACCUGGUCUUCGAUGAUACGUUCGCACAGGGCCUGACAGGCAGGCCGGAGUUGUACCAGAAAUCAAAUAGAAGCAGUCAUUCGAGUGACACAAGUUCAGCAUACAGUGGAUCUGACACAAUGACAUCGGUACAAAGUUCAUUAGAUGCGGAUCCCGACGAGGUGGAUCUUUCUGGUCUUGUGGAAUCCAUUGUUGACAGCGAUGAGGAGGAGGAUCUAGCAGAAAGCAUGGAUAGUUUAACAGUACGCGAUCCUGUACGAGAAUGUUUAGAGAAGGACCCUGUUGAGAGAACGGAGGACGACAUAGAGAUACUUUUGGAAUUCACACAACAGUUGAAAGCUUUCACAAAUAUGACUUUGGCCGUUAGAAGAGCGCUGUGCGCUGUAAUGGUAUUUGCAGUGGUCGAUCGAGCCGGUAUGGUGGUCUUGAAUGAUGGCGAGGAGCUCGAUAGUUGGAGCGUGUUGAUUAACGGUGCUGUCGAGAUUGAGCACAGCAAUGGUGAAAUUGAACAGCUCGGUCUUGGAGACAGCUUCGGUAUCUUGCCUACUAUGGAGAGGCUAUUACAUCGCGGAGUUAUGAGAACAAAAUGCGACGAUUGCCAAUUUGUUUGCGUCACACAAGCAGAUUAUUUUCGAAUUCAACAUCAAGGUGAAGAGAAUACCAGGAGACACGAAGAGAAUGGAAGGGUAAUUUUAGUGACAGAGUUACGAGGAGCUUUGGACGGCGCCGCGCGAAGAGGUCACGUGGUGAUACGGGGAACACCGGAACGUUUAAUGUUACAACUUAUCGAAGAAAACAGUAUUACAGAUCCUACUUAUGUAGAAGACUUUUUGUUGACUCAUCGAACGUUUAUCGAUAGCCCGUUGUUGGUCGCAAGCCAAUUGUUGGAAUGGUUCGAUCAAUCACAAGUGCGAGAUCGUGUUGCUCGUGUCGUGCUCUUAUGGGUGAAUAAUCAUUUUACUGAUUUCGAGACUGAUCCGGCGAUGAUGGAAUUUUUAGAAGCAUUCGAAACCGGAUUGGAAAGAGAAAAAAUGCUAGGACAACAAAGGUUAUUAAAUAUUGCAUGUGCGGCGAAAGCGAGAACGCGGAACGUAACAUUAGCGAGACCAAACAGAGACGAGGUCCUAAAUUUUAGCAUCUUAGGAGGAUUUGAGAGAGGUUUUGGUAUAUUUAUUUCAAAAGUUGACAAGAGAUCUAAGGCUGAGGAUGUUGGUUUAAAAAGGGGUGACCAGAUCUUAGAAGUGAACGGUCAAAGUUUCGAGCAUGUGAAUCACGCGAAAGCACUUGAUAUCCUGAGAGCUUCCACGCACCUCAGUAUAACUGUAAAAUCUAAUUUACUUGCUUUCAAAGAAAUGCUUCAGAUGCCAGAUAACUCUCCGAGACCCCGAGGUAGGACAAGUAAGCCGGAAAUACCCAGGCUUCAGUCAGAUCCACGUGCUAGACUGUCGACGCAUGUGGAUCCUAUGACUGCUGUAAAUCCUUUAAAUCCCAUGAUCGGUGGAGUACCAUUGUUAAUUCCCGAUAACAAUGUAUCGCCAUGUAAAGAUGCCAAAAAAGAGCACAAGGGAUUUAUGACUCUUGGUCCCAAGCGACGAUUACAAAAAGCACUUAUGAAGAUGAACAUACUGCCAAAGAACACAAUCAACGACGGUGUACACAUGGACGAUCCUCUUGCACCACCACAUACGCCACCGGGAACAGGGCUUUCGCAGACAACCACUAAUCUGUAUCACUCAAAGAGUAAUCCAGAUCUUACGUCACUUUAUUGUUACGAUGACUUAAGAGCAAACGAUUAUCCCGAACACGUGCUCAAGGUAUACAAAGCAGAUCAAACCUGCAAAUAUCUUCUUAUCCACAAAGAAACGACGGCACAUGAGGUGGUAAUGCUUGCGCUUCAAGAAUUUGGUAUAACGGAAAGCAGUUCAAACUUUUCUCUAGCAGAAGUGAGUGUCGGCGAAGGUGGCAUGAUCAAGCAGCGUAGAUUGCCAGAUCAAUUGCAGAAUCUCGCGGAAAGAAUCGGAUUGAGUUCCCGAUAUUAUUUGAAAACUAAUGGAAUUUCCGAAACUUUAGUAGCCGACGAUCAAGCUCCGGAACUCAUUCGAGAAUCUCAAGUUCAUUUUCUGCAAUUGAACGCCGUGGAAGUGGCGAUACAACUGACUCUACAGGAUUUUAGUAUAUUCAGACAAAUCGAGUCCACGGAAUAUGUGGAUGAUUUGUUUGAAUUGAAGAGCAGGUAUGGCGUGCCUAUGCUCAGUCAAUUUGCAGAACUAGUCAACAGAGAAAUGUUUUGGGUUGUAACAGAAGUCUGUUCCGAGCAUAAUCUCGUGCGGCGCAGUAAGAUUAUAAAACAAUUUAUCAAAAUAGCGCGCCAAUGUAAGGAGUGCAAAAAUUUUAAUUCAAUGUUCGCGAUCGUGUCCGGUUUGGGUCAUGGUGCAGUGUCAAGAUUAAGAGCCUCGUGGGAAAAACUACCAACUAAAUAUCAAAGAUUAUUUAGUGAUUUGCAGGAAUUAAUGGAUCCCAGCCGCAACAUGAGUAAAUAUCGGCAAUUGGUGGCGUCUGAGCAAACACAACCACCGAUAAUACCUUUCUAUCCGGUCGUGAAGAAAGAUUUGACUUUCAUACAUCUUGGUAAUGAUUCGAGAGUAGAAAGUUUGGUAAACUUUGAAAAACUCAGAAUGAUUGCUAAGGAAGUAAGAACGCUGACAAACAUGUGCUCUUCACCCUAUGAUUUACUAACCAUGUUGGAGAGAGGCGGGCAACCACCGAGUUCUGCGAUGGUUGCUUUGAAUCAAAUGACCACUGGCAAUCAAGGCGGCCAAACUGCGACGGUGAAACGACGAAAGAAAUCCACGGCCGCACCAAAUCCGAAGAAAAUGUUUGAGGAAGCGCAGAUGGUCCGAAGAGUGAAGGCCUAUCUUGCGAACAUGAAAGUAAUCACGGAUGAAGAACGACUGCAUCAACUUUCCGUCGAUUGUGAGCCGCACGCGGGAGCGGUUGCAGUCGCCGCCGCGGUUCCGCUGAGUGGCAGUCGCGGAAGAAGGCAUCCGUCACCUACUCUGUCGACUACUAGUAGCGCGAGCAGCACUAGCGAAGGCAGGAAAAGUAUACAAGGUACAAAAUUCGGCGCUGCGUCGCCGCAGGCGGUGAGGAAAAUGUUGGCUCUGUCAGAUCCUCACAAGACACGACCAUACCAACCUAAGCACUGUCCACCGCCGCUACCUGUACCGGGAUUGGCUCUACACUCGAGUGGUUUAGAACCUAGUCCAGGUGCACCUAGAAGAGUAGGAUCCGGCAGCAGAGUACCAAUGCACGAGCGAUCCCACAGUGAUACACCCGCUAGUCUACCGCCGCCUGUCGACCUCAGUGCGGAGAGCAGUAGCGUAACUAGCUUGAGCAAUCUUCAACCGCUGAGGAAAACCUUGACAAGCGAUGACGAAGACGCCCAAGUGUCGGCGGUUUAAGUGGUCCACGAAUCUCGCCGAGUUUCGGUUACCGUUUUAAUUGUUUGUCGUAUUAUUUCUUUUACGCGGCCAAAAUCGUUUUCAGAUAUCAUGUGCGAAUCGCUACGAAAAGAGAAUGUAGGAACGAUAGGCAAAGUUUUUUCCUAUAAAUGUGGUUUCACAUUCGAUAGCCAAUAUCCUAUUCGAUGGUGUAUUCGAUGGCCGUUAAUAUAUCGACACUAUCUUUUAAGCCGCGUGGGAAAUUUUUUGCGUGGACGAAACCUACUUAUGCUUUACUGCAAGAUAAAGGCGUUUAAUUUUUAUUUAAGCAGAACGCUUGUCUUCCAAGGAUCCCCGUGACAAAUUUGACGGAACCAUCGAGAGAAUCUCAAGCGUUAAAAUAUUUAUACAAUGUACUGGAAAGUAUCAAAUAGCUAAUGAAUGCCGGUAAGCAGGAGACGGAGUAUAGGAGAGUAUUUUUCUUUUAUUAGACUGAAGGGGAACACUUCUCGAGUUGUUAGAUGUUUGUGAGCUCUCACGAGAUGACGAGAAGCGAAUUAGACGAGAAAGCGAUCAUAAUAUUCUAUAUAAAUGUGUAAUAAAACCGAGUCCAAAGAUGUUAUAUAUAUACUGCGCGUGUCGCCAGAGAAAGUCUGAAUAUGACGACGUGUCCUGUAAUAUAUAUAUACUUGGUAGGUUAAUCUUUAGUGUCCCGUAGUAAUAUAAGUUGGUGUAAAUAGCAUAGCGUUAUAUAAUAUUUAGCGAGGGGAAGCAGGGAUACACGAAGGAUAAGACAAAGAUUCAAUGUGAAAUGUUUAGGAUCGCGCGGUUGACUCUCGUGUCUAACACGAUCGCGUUCCACCGACAUUUUACAGGUUUAAGAAUUGAAAAGAUUUGCCUCUUUUUUUUAUCGAAAUAAGGAAAUAGAAACAUUUCUAAUUGUUUCAGAUUUAGUUAAUUUAAUUCGAAACCAUCUUUUCUAUUUUAAUCGCCUUGCUUUUAAAAGAUUUCUAUUGUCAAUCUGGCUCAGAUGAUUUAAAUUUUACAAGAGAAGUUAAUAGUUUUAUGCUUUUUUGUUGAAUUUUAAUGAUGAAUGAUCAAGUACAAAAGAAAAAAAAUUUCUCGAAGAUUAACUGGCCACGAUCGAGAUUAUAGUUUUUCAUAACAGUGUAAAUUUUUUAAGCGUAUCCUUGCAUUUACAAGUCACGAAAAACUAUACUUUACUCCAUCUAUUUUUACGAAACACACAUAACGAAUUUUAAUUCGCAAGUAAGUUAUUGUUUUCUCAAUUUCACCAUCUUUAGUUCGAUACUUUAUUCAAUGUUAUCAUCAGGUUUACAUCCUUCGUUAUUUUAUCAAUAUCGGUAACUGUUAGUUUUAUUCUUGCGCAAUGUGUGUGAAAGGAACCUCUUUAGAUCGUAUAUCAUAGAAUUCGAGGGCAAGGGCGAAAAGGAGGAAAAGCAAAUAAAAUUUUUCGCUACUUUACAUGUCGGUACGGAAAAAGCGGUUUACCUUAUUAUCGUAAGUUUAUCCAUGUAUAUUACAUACACAUAGAAAUACGUGUAUACACGACACACAUUCACAUACCCACGCAGAUAUAUGCUCUUGUCCAUUUAUAUGAGACUCGAGUCCUUUUACAAGUAUUAUAAAGGAACUGUAAUUCGCGUGCACGAUGUGUAUCGACGCGUUAGCAAAGAGGGCCUAAUUACCCAGGCACCGUUUUUGCGAUUGUCAAGUAUGCAGAAAACGAAAGAGUGCACGAAAGAAGGAGAGAAUGUGAAAGAGCGUGUGUGUGUGCGUGCAUGUAUGAAAGUGAGAGAACGAGAGAGUAUCGAGAGUCAACACAGUACUUUUCUGGAUACUCGGAUCUCUAUCAUUAAUUACAUUCCAAACUUCGUCUUGCCGUGUUUUGUAGACCCUCGACACAUUUUCCUCUUCUGACCGUUUAAAAAAAAAGAGAGAAGAAAGAAAAGGAAUCCUCAUUUAAUGGACUGCCAUUAAAUAUUGUUAUUGCUUAUUUUUUCCUUUUUCAAUCGUGUUUUCUUCUUUUUUUUUUUAUUAAAAGACCAAUUUCGACAUCCACGAAGACUGUGUGACUCUUCGACGUUAAUAUCCAGUGAUCCCGAAGGAUCGGGAGGGAAUGUGGUCCAGCUCGGUCUUUCGGGACAUUGGAGAAUCCAAUAUAUUUACUUCAUAUUCAAAUAUUAUAUCUCUUUGUACAUAUCCUAACGACUUUUAAACAUUAAUAUCCAACGUUCUCGAAGAAACUUUUAAGCGUAUUUACCGGUAAUUAAGAUUCUUCGUAAAAUGCAGUAUCAAAACUAAAUCAAUUUCUUUCUUCAGUUUUGACGCGACAAAUCUAUUUUUUCUCCUUUCAUCUUUUUUAGACAUACCAGGCUCUACGUGCAUUCCACGUGCAUUUAUUUAUUAUUUUCGGAAAGAAUAUCGAUGAAUUUUUAUCGAGAAUUCUGUGAAUAAUUCUGUGCUCUUUUUAUUCUAUAUAAUUAUUGGCACGUAUCUAACAAUUUUCAAAUAUAAGAAUCUCUCAUAUAAAAAAGCAACUUUUCAUAUAUAACAGAAUAAAAUAUAUACGGAUUACAAGUGUUUUGAGAUGCAGAAUUCUCGGUGAAAAUUCAAACUUUAAAUAUUUUGGUAAAUCCGUGAAACUUUAGUUAGCGAUAUAAAUCAAGUCUCGAAUUAAAGAAGCCUGGAUGCGUUACUUGAUUUUUGCUCUUUUUCUUUUAGAGAAAUCCUGUUCGUAACAGUACAAUACAAGCAAGUGAGAAUGUUUAUUAUUCGGGAAACGAAAGUUAAGACGGGUCACACCUUUUCUCGCUCAGCGUCUCUUUUUUUUUAUUUAUACCACGCCUUGUUCUGUUAUUUUAAUUAUUUAUAACCCCGAGAUAUUCGGCUAUAUAUAUAAAACGCGGACAGCAAACAACAGAAAAUCUUUUGUAUUUAAUUUGUUUAAUAAAACUUGAAUCAUAGUACAAAAAAAUGUCUCCCGUCUUUUCAGUUUCGUUCGUUUGUUCGUUGACCCUAUCCCGCAUCGAAAUCCAUUCCCCGCGCUUAUUUAUUAACGCUUUACAACAGUACAAAGACCAACACCUUAGCAAAAUUCUUCAAGAUAUACGUAUGUAUACAGGCUACUUUUGCGUGAAAUGACUCUGUCGCACGUUUUGAAAAGUAGGAGAAACGAGGUAGAAAAAUCAUUGCAGAGAACGUAUGUUUAAAAAAAAUAAGAAACUUUUAUUGACACGUAAAAACAACACGUAUGUUUGAAAAAUAUCGUAAAGAAUAGUUUUUAUCGAAUCUUUCUAGAAAUGCAACAAUUUAUUCUUCCGAGUCUCUUGGACGUUCUUCAGAUGUACUUUGUGUUUUUCUGAAUUUGCAAAAGGUUUCAAAUUUAAAAUAUUGUCCCUUAUAUAUUGGUUGCUUUAUCUCUAAUAUCUUUUGAUAGAUGCGAUUGUGUCACUUUACGCCCUGUAUCACGAUUUUGUAUAUACGUACAUUAAAUCUCGUGUAUAUGUUAAGUUUCGAAUUUCAUUUCCAUUAGUAAACCGCUACGUAUGGUAUUUUAUUGGUAACAAUAUAGGUAUACACAUCGAAUUUUUAAAUUAAUUAUUUAUGUCGCUAUACAUAUAAUAUAUAUUUAUUAGAAAAUGAAAAGCUAAGCGCUUUUCGAGAUACAAAAGGACCAGGGAGAAGCUUGUUAAUUUCUCUCAUAAAUAUGUUCUUAGAAUUGUCGUGUUUUUGAAAAGAAUAUUUCGACGAACUCUGAUCAUAAUCUGUACCGUGCGUAGCGGAUCAUCCGUUGGAACGAAGUUGAUAGGUGAUACUACUGCUACUAUUUUGUACGAUACGAUGUUUUGUAUAUCUGUCUACCGUAUGUGUAGAUGCGGAGAGAAUCUACCGAUUACUAUAUAUAUAUAUAUAUAAGUAAAAAUACAUAUUUCGAAUACACAUAUUUAAGAUUACCAUUUGUAGACUUACGCGGGCCUCAGCUGUACCCGCGAAGAGUCACGCGCAUAGGUGUUUUAGUCCCAACAUUUAAUGUACACCUGUAAAUCCCUCCCAGCAAACACAAUAUAUGAAUAAUUAAAGGAUUGGUAAAGAA